AUGGACAUUCACGACUCCGUGUUAAUAAACUUUGUCAGUGACAUCAACCUGAUCGGGUUCACCCAGAAGUGCGCUUUAGGAUCAGAGGAGGUGGACAUCUCGCCGUACUGUCCGAACAACCAGACGCGGCUGAGCGGCUCUUCCUGCAGCAGUUCUCCGCCUGGCGAAGGGCGCACGGAGCUUACGGCGAGCUUUUCACCGAGGUGCUGCAGCCGCGGGCACAGCAGGUCCAAACGGAGGAGGAUCAUCACCGGAGUCCAGCGGCAGGCGGCCAACGUGCGGGAGAGAAAGCGGAUGUUCAGCCUGAACGAGGCGUUUGAUGAGCUGAGGAGAAAAGUUCCCACCUUCGCGUACGAGAAGAGGCUGUCUCGGAUCGAAACGCUGCGUCUGGCUAUUGUCUACAUCUCCUUCAUGAUGGACCUGCUGGAGAACACCUGA